AUGUUGGCCGUCUCUUCGAAAUGCGUGCGCGCAUCACGCGCUCUCGCCGCACAAAAGCGAGCCCUCCAUGACCUAACUACACUCCCCUCGGGGAAGACUACAAUUCAGUACGGUCCUCCAGGACGAAGUGCAAGCUCUGGGCACACCGCGACUGUGUUUGGUGCUACAAGCUUUUUGGGCAGAUACCUUGUGGCGAAGCUCGCCAAGGUGGGCACGCACGUCGUCAUCCCUUACCGUGACGAGGACGAGAAGAGGCAUCUGAGGGUCACUGGGGAUCUCGGGCAGAUCACAUCGUUGGAGUGGGAUCUGCGCCGGCCUGAUCAGAUCGAGGAGUGUCUCAGACACUCGGACAUCGUUUACAACCUCGUGGGUCGGGAGUACGAGACCAAGAACUUCACCUACGACGACGUCCAUGCCAAGGGUGCCGAGGCCAUCGCGAGCAUUGCAUACCAGAACGGCGUUGAUCGCUUCGUGCAUGUGUCUCACCUCAAUGCGUCGCACGACUCCCCGUCCGCGUUCUACCGCUCGAAGGCCAAGGGAGAGGAGCUCGUGAAGGAGGCGUAUCCAAACGCGACGAUCGUCCGCCCUGCCACCAUGUUCGGCUACGAGGACCGGCUGUUGAACAACAUGGCGAUCUGGCCAAUCUGGUGGAAGCUGAACCAUAUGCAGACGAAGGUUCGCCCCGCUCACGUGCUCGACGUUGCUCAGGCGCUGGCGAACACCCUCCCUAUGGCGGCACUCCCUGGCACCUUCAGUCUCCCGGGCCCAUCGACUUUGACAUACGAAUACCUGCUCACGCUAGUUUCCACUAUCACCUACAAUCCGCCGUCACGCGCGCCCGUAGUGCCAAAGUCGGUCGCGCUCGCCCUCUCCAAGCUCGCGCAGAACGUGUGGUGGCCUAUGCUCAGCCCCGACGAGGUUGUGCGGAGGUACAUAGACGACGUGGACGUUCCCGGCGAUUGGGACGUAUUCGGCGUCAUCCCAGACGAGAUUGAGGAGCACGCCAUCACGUACCUGAGGAGAUUCCGAUCCGCGGACAACUUCUCGCGGCCGGUCGUUUUUCCCGCCUCCCGGGAAACUUCCUCGGUGGGUUGA